AUGGCAAGGAGAAGGCAAGCUGGCACCAUGGGCACCUCCAUCUUCCUGUGCCUCUUUGUUAUCCUGCUCAGCGGGGGCUCCCCAGCAGGAUGUGCUGGAGACAGCGGCUCUGCAUCCCACGGCACGGCUGGCACUGCAGGGAAACCUGUCCUGCUGAACAACAUCACAGCUGCCGAAGCCUUUAUCAGUGGUGUGGAAGUGGUGGUCGUUGGAUUCUUCCAGGAACCGGAGAGCCCUGAAGCGUCCCAGUUUCGUCUGGCGGCCGGCCGGAUCCCAGAGGUGCCCUUCGGCCUCAGCACCAGCCCCGCGGUCCUGUCCCACUACGGCGUCGCGGUGAACACGGUCACGCUCUUCCGCAGAGCAGACAAUGACCAGAGGGAUCUGGAUAUGAACAGCAAAGAUGUUGAUGCUGAGAAGAUGACUCGUUUCAUACGGAUGAACGAGCUCCGCCUGGUGACAGAAUACAACCCUGUGACAGCAAUAGGUGUGAUGCAGAGUUCGCUCCAGCUUCACCUCCUUCUGAUCACAGAUAAGAUGUCCCCAAAGUACCCCGAACGAAUGCGCAGAUAUCGGGCGGCAGCGGAGCUCUUCAAGGGGAAGAUUCUCUUUAUCCUGGUAGACAGCAAUUUGAAGAGCAAUGAACGAAUAGUGUCAUUCUUCAAACUGAAGAAGUCCCAGCUGCCAGCUUUGGCUAUAUUCUACGCACCAAAUGAGGAGCAAGAUGUGUUGACUCUCGUGGAAGUCUCUGUUGAGCGUGUACAGGACUUCUGUAAUCGUUUCUUACAAAGAAUGCAAAAGAAAGAAGAUGAACCUGAAGAGAAGGGUCUCAAUGAAGAACUCUGA